AUGAUCAAACCAUCUUCAUCGUGGAUACCCAACUUGUACUACCCAUCCUCAACCAUUUCGUCUAUGUCCAAUCUCGUCCUCAUCGCCGAUGUCGUUGGAGUCGUCACCAUCUGUAUCCUAUCUGAUGUCCACCGCACUACCUAUAUCUACGUGCAACUCGACGCCCUAAUGAAAAAAAGAGCCUCGCAAACACUCGAUCCUCUCGGCUGUUGUAGCAAUGAUGCAAGGUAUUUCUAUUAUAUGUCACAAGCACCCAAAUACGCGUUCAUCUUCACCUCCUUCAGUACGGAUCCUGCUUUGAGCAAAUAUCUUACCAUUCUCUUCUCCUCUGGAACUGCUAUGAGAUCAUGGAUCUCGAUUUGA